ACUGCCAGAUCAGGUCAUGUCCGGGAAAAUUCAGAUUCAAUAUGUCGGAAGCCAUGAGGAAGUCUUGAUGAACGUGCUGUCAUCACAUAGUGCCUUGGUGAGCCAGAGACCAAUAGCUACCAAAGCUGCUGCAGAACUAUCUUGGAAAGGACACAAUGCAGGGCAGCAGAUCAAAGAGCUUCAGAGCUGCAACAGAUUCUGGCAAGACAAAACUUUUCACUAGAUCUUUGAGGCGGACCCAAGGUAGUUCUGACAUAAUAAAGCAUGCCGGUAUCAGUACAGGUUCCAGUACUGGUACCAGUAUCAGAACCAGUACCAGUACCAGACCUGUAAGACAGACUGUGGUACCAGGCACUGCUGAGUUGGCACAGGGUACCAAUAUCAGUACCAACAUCAAGAACAGUACCAAGUCUGUGAGGCAAACGGUUGUACCAGUCACUGCUGAGGUGAUGAGACAAGGCACCAAUGCCGGUAUCAGUGGCAGUACCAUCAACAGUUUUGGUACUGGUACCAACUCCAGUAAAGGUACCAGGUCUGUGAGGCAAACAGUUGUACCGAUCACUGCUGAGGUGAUGAGACAAGGCACCAAUGCCGGUAUCAGUGGCAGUACCAUCAACAGUUGUGGUACUGGUACCAACUCCAGUAAAGGUACCAGGUCUGUGAGGCAAACAGAGGUCCCAGGUACCACUGAGAUGACUCAAGAUUCCAGUACCACGUUUGUGCGGCAGACUGCUGAGAUGACCAGUACCAGGUCGGUGAGGCGGAAGCUUGUCCACAACGCGUGCUGCGGCUGUGGGUUCACCGUUCCGGCUGACAGUGAGCGAGUCUCAGUGCAGGGUGAGGUCUACCACUCGGCGUGCUUCAAGUGCAGGAGGUGUGAUGCCCCGCUGACCCUACGAACAUACAGAAAGCGCAGCAUGGAGGACGGGUUGUACUGUGCCGACCAUGUCGACCACGGGGACAGGAGCGGACCCAUGUCAUUGGACGCUACGACAAAAGACCUGAUCGCAAUGCUGGAAAAGGUCCAGAGCGACCGUCUGGAUGAGCAACGUUGCACUCUGCCUGAGGCCUGCAAACCUCGUGACAACCGGGACUCUCCCAGCCCCAGUUGCAGACCGUCCUACAGACUUCUCCAACAGGUCAUCAAAGGCGAGGGCCCAUACCCGAUGAUUGUGGCCCCGGCCAAUGGCAGAUACUGGGUGGACGGAAAUGACCCGGAUACACUGACGGACAGCCAGGGGCGACCCAUCCUCCCCUCCUGUCCUGCCAAGUACAAGCUAGAGGCAGAUGACACUGCAAAGUGCUACAGAAGACACUUCCUGGGCAAGGAACACAUGAAUUUCUUUGCCUGGGAUGAGAACCUGGGACAUCUGGUUCUGUCUGUCAAGCCAGAGACCAUCUCCUCACAGGAACACCUGAGACUCAUUCUCAGACGACACACAGGCACCAUCCAUGAGAUUGUCCCAUCCUCCUGCCUGGCGGAGUUUCCCGGCCCGGCCAGAAUGGCCAAGCUGGUGUGUGAGGAUGUCUCUGUGGAGAGAUUCCACCCUGUCCUCUUUCCUAAGGGUUCGGAACUGCUAGUGACGUACGACGAGCAUGUCCUGACCAAUCAGUACAAGUUUGGGGUGGUGUACCAGAAGUUUGGGCAGGUGAAAGAGGAGGACAUGUUCUGCAACAGGCAGGAGAGCCCGGCCUUCCAGGAGUUCCUGGGCCUCCUAGGGGAGCAGGUGGAACUGCAGGACUUCGAGGGUUACCGGGGAGGACUGGACACGCAGCAUGGCCAGACCGGCAAGACUUCUGUGUACACCAAGUUCAAGGACAGGGAGGUUAUGUUCCAUGUGUCCACCAAGCUGCCCUACACGGAGGGGGACAGCCAGCAGCUGCAGAGGAAGAGACACAUCGGGAACGACAUUGUCUGUAUCAUCUUCCAGGAGGAGAACACGCCGUUCACCCCGGACAUGAUCGCCUCACACUUCCUCCACGCCUUCAUCGUGGUUCAGCCUCUCAACGCCUGCUCAGAGAACACACAUUACAAGGUCUCUGUAGCAGCACGUGAUGAUGUACCGUUCUUCGGGCCGACCCUCCCGAAUCCCGCAGUCUUCAGGAAGGGACCGGCCUUCCGCGAGUUCCUCCUCAGUAAACUCAUCAAUGCAGAGAUCGCAUCUUACAAGGCUGAGAGAUUCGCAAGGCUGGAGGAGAGAACAAGAUCAGCACUCCUUGAGUCUCUGUACUCCGAACUGAACGCCAAGAACUUGCAGAUGAGUGGUCGCAUGGACGCACCGUCGCCAGAUGCCAAGAGUGAAAGCGGUAGCUUCUUCGACACAUUCCGAAAGGUCAUACGGGGUCGGAGCCAGUCUUGGGACAUUGCCUCCAUUCAGAACGGCAGACGUGAGAAGGACGCUCUACCGCACAGUUACAGUGAGGGCAAGACAGCGGGAAUUUCAUCCAUCCUAGGCAGAAAAGGCUCCAGUAAGCGGACUGGUCAGAAGAAGUACAACAGAAGAUCAGAGGCAGACAACAAACAUCCCAUCCUGCCGCCGCUAAAGAACCGCAACGACUCUGGGGUCGUGUCCUCGACCGCCGGGUCUAACUGGUCAUCUCCACGGAGCUCGCCUGACGUGUCACCUGUCAAGUCACAUCGGUCAGGAAAUGUCAUGCAGCAGAGUGCAGAGGAGGGUUCAUCGUCGUCCCUGUCCAACUCCUGCAGCAGUAUCAUCAGCCUGGGCGAGCUGAACGAGGAGAGGGAGGAUUCGGACACUGGGAUGGAGAGCAUGUCGUCAGGAGACUCUCCCAACAGUGUGAAACAGGAGAACUUUACCUGCAGUAACUGUAUGGAGGAUGGGGGCGCCGCAGCUAGUAAUGAACUGCAGAGGCAAGUGGCCAUGCUGAAUUCUGACAUCAACAGAUUGAAGAUCGAGAAGCUGGAACUCCUGCGGCAGAACGUGGUGAUCCAACGCGAAGUCAAGAAGUUGAAAGAGAAAGAGAUGAGACAGGGCGCUGAGCUGUCGUCAGCAAACCGGGAACUUCGGCGACUCAGAAAUCUUUCACUGGAGCAGUCCCACCGACAGAACACAGGAAACGACAACUUUGUCUGAAUCGCACCGUCUUAUGUAAAUACAGGUGCAGUUGUGGAUAUUGUUCGACGUGUCAUGUUUUCUUGUAUGCUGGUAAUACAGAAGAAUUUGCAGUGCAGAUCUAGAUAUGACAGAAUUGUUGUCCAUUCUGAUGUAUUGUGCUAAAGUGUGCAAGGACUUUUAAUGUUGAUGUGCUGCAGUGCAAGUACUAUGGUUAUAUCUGUAACAUUGCCUUUCAAACGAUUUUGUACGGAAAAUGUCGAGUUACAGUGAUAAGGACAAAAGUUUCCCAUUUUGCCUAAUCUCACAAAAAGACUUUCUGUUUUUUGCAUCUUUCAUUUUGAGUUUUCAUUUAAUUUUUGUAAACAAAGGUGUCGAUGCAUAGACACCAGAAUUUGUGGAAAAUCUGAGAAAUAACUUCUCUACUGUCUCAGUGUCAAGAUAAAUUGUAUUAGAAUCUCAGUUUCCUUGUGCCAUAGAACACCUAUUUAACCUGAAACUGCCUCAUACCAUUAUGAUAUUGAGGCUGGAGCCAUGUGUAUAUAGUAUAUAUGUCAUGUAAAUUUUGUACCAUUUUGUGCGCUGUGAUCCACUCUACAUGUACGUAGUAUUUUGGGCAGAAGAAUUUGUACAGUUAGACAUCAUCGUUUUUGGUACCACAAAGAUAUGUUUACAUUAACCAAGAUACAUGUUUACCCCCUAAAAUUAGUACUCUAUGUAUUGACAAUACAGACUCUACCUGAUUAUUACUGUAACAGUAGUUAUAUGUGUAUGAGAUUUCAUAUUGUAUAAAGAUAAAUGAAAGUUUUUGUGCCAAUUAUGAGGCUCAAGAGUUUUUUGCUGCAGGAGAAAAUUGUUGUUUCAUAUUGAGAGAACUAAAUAAGUGUCAGAUCAGCAGACAGGAGUAUUUAUUGUAUGUACUGAUUCAGGAAAGAUUGUUGUAAUUGUUCAAGAUGUUACAAGAAAUUCAGAUGAAGGCGACUUUGUCAAUAAUUGAACAUUUAAGAUAGUCUACCCAAGGUUGGACUGAUGUAUUUUAGAUGUAUGAUUUUAUCUCUUCUGAAGGGACAGUUGUUGCAAAGUUUUAAAUAUAGUCACAAGAGGAGAUACAUUUCAACUCCCAUGUUUCCCCCCAUGUAAAACUGAUGUUUGCCAUUUUGGUGGAAUCAUGGAAUGCCAGCUAGCAGUUUGGAAGAGUACUGCAGACAUGUGUGUAAAAUGGUUUUUAUCAAUAGUGAAUGAUUAUUUUUAAGUCCUCACAAACGUAAGCAAACACCAUAUUAUGUUACAAGUACAUGUAGUUUGUUUUUGUUUAUUUGGAAGAUAAUUUAUACUUCCAUAUUUAACACACGUGUCCAGUGGUAUGUAUGAUACAUAGAUGCUUGGCUCAGCAUUUUGUAAUAAGACCAACAAUAGACUUUUAACUGUUACAGUUUUGAUUUUAUCUUCAACAUGCUGGGUUACCCCACUUGUUGUGUGUACUGUGAAUUUCUAACAUUUUAAAAGUCCACUUUUCUGGUUUUUACCUAAGGUAUAAUGUGGGCAGACUUGUCCAUGGUGUUGCCUGUUUGUAUUGAUAAUGUUUAAUAGAAUAAACAGUUUUAACAAUAAU